CCGGCGAGCAGCGGUGGGUAAAUCAAAAUAAAUAAUAGGGAAUUAGCAGGAUCAUGUGCCUCAUCCUGUCGCUGGGCUGCUGUGGCUGCUCCUCUCCGAAGCCCUGCCACAAACAGAAACAGAAACAGAAACAAACGCAGGAGCAGAUCUGCCAGCAGCAGACCAGCAACCACCACUCGGACAACAUCCAACUGAACGAGACUCCGGCUCCUCCAUCGCCGUCCAGCCAGGUGACCACCAGCCAGCCGUCGCUGCCCAGCAUGAGUCCCAGCCUGAUGGCCCUGCCCCACAGGAUCGCCACGUCGAGCACCCUGAGCUCCUGGGCCGGCGAGGAGGAGCUCUACAACGUGGACGACUACGAGGAUCGCACCCCCACCCGGUGGACGGCCUGGUGGCUCAAGGGAGCCUCCGUCAGCGAUCAGGUGCUGGGCGGUCACUCCUCCGUGGUAUCCUGAAUCCGAACUUCGAACCGAAUUGCUUAAUUGAAAUCUAUUGGGAUUCUCGAAUUUUAAGCAAAGAAUACUAUAAUAGCUUGUUUUACCACAAUUUAAUUCGGAAAUGCCUUAAA